AUGUCCUCAGGACAGGAUCGCGGCCGACCGCUUGGAUCUGGUGCUGGAGCCAAGCGUAAAGCUGAAGAGGAUUAUUCCGACAACGCGCACACCAAGAAGUCUCGUCAGCGCAUCGAUAAGAUGACUAAGAAGCAGAAGGCACUUGAUCGCUCGAAGAAGUCGAUCAACCAGCAGAAAUCCCGCAAGCUUAAAGCCUUGAGGGCUAAAAGCUCCUACAUCAUUGCGUCUGCUGAUGAGCGCGCGGCCCUUGAGGCUAGGGAAAUCCAGCAAGUUGAUGCACGAUACUUCCUCAAAGGCAACCAUCCAGACCAGCUGCUAGCUCAGAUGACUGGCCCAGUCUCGUCUAGCUCCUAUAAUAUCGUCGAUGACGAUGAAGACGAGGCUUGGGAGGAUAUCCCUUUGAAUGAGAUUGAUGAGGCUACCCAGGAAAACCUGGAUGGAGUUGAGGGCAUGCUCAACUUUGACGUUGACCUUGAUAACCAGUUGCCGACCAUUAAUGAAAACCAGAUCCGAGAAUACCAGUUCUUCCGUAAUACCUGGGAGAUGACUCUUGAGAUACUUUACAUCAAGGUCAAGCGGCUGAACAGCAAUCCUGCCUUUACCCUAGCUGCGAUGGAGGAUUAUGGCUUCAUUCGACCUGGCUUUAAAUUUCCAGUAGCUGGCGACAUCUUCACCAAAGAGGAAGUGCUUCUUUGGUUUGCACUCGCUAAGUACUGGCACCUGAACCGCUUGUCUAAGAAGAAGAAGAUACGCCUGGUUCUUAAUUCUUCUGUCAAGAAGAAGAAGACCCAAUUCGCACUCGCGCACCGCCUAGCCAUCAAGAUUCAAGGAUCUCUCUUUACUACAGCUUAG